GCCACGCCCCCCCUCGCCGCGGAACCUCUGUGCGCGGCGUGCGGGGCCGGGCGGGCCGGGCAGUGCGGCGGCACGAUGAGCACGAAGCAGGUGACGUGCAGGUACUUCUUGCAGGGCGUGUGUCGGGAGGGCAGCAAGUGCCUGUUCUCCCAUGACCUGGCCACCAGCAAAUCCUCCACCAUCUGCAAGUACUACCAGAAGGGGCAGUGUGCCUACGGCUCCCGCUGCAGGUAUGACCACGUGAGGCUCCCUCCGGGCGGAGCCGCGGCCCCGCCGCCCCCCGCGGCCCCGGGCAGCCCCCGGGCGCCCCCCGAGCACGGCCCCGCCGCCCCGCGCAGCAGGAGGGAGAAGAGGACGCUGGUGCUGCGGGACAGGAACCUGUGCGGCUCCAGCGAGGAGAAGGCGCGGCCCAGCGCGGCCGGGGCCGUGCCGUGCUGCAGCGAGCCGGGCGACUGCGAGGAGGCCAAGCCGCACUCGUACCUGGAGGCCAUCUGCAGCGGGCUGGAGGAGGCGGGGCCCGGCGGCUGCCCGGCCGCCGCGGAGCAGCUCUGUCCUUACGCUGCUGCCGGCGCCUGCCACUUCGGGGAGCGCUGCCUCUACCUGCACGGGCAGCUCUGCGAGAUCUGCGGCCUCCAGGUGCUGCACCCCUUCGACCAGGAGCAGAGGAAGGCCCACGAGAUGAUGUGCAUGGCAACCUUCGAGCACGACAUGGAGAGGGCCUUUGCCAUCCAGGCCAGCCAGGACAAGGUGUGCAGCAUUUGCAUGGAGGUGGUGUAUGAGAAGCCCUCGGCCUCGGAGAGGAGGUUUGGGAUCCUGUCCAACUGCACCCACACCUACUGCCUGUCCUGCAUCCGCCAGUGGAGGUGUGCCAAGCAGUUUGAGAACCCCAUCAUCAAGUCCUGCCCCGAGUGCCGCGUGAUCUCCGAGUUUGUCAUCCCCAGCGUGUACUGGGUGGAAGAGCAGGAGAAGAAAAAUGAGCUGAUUGAAGCCUUUAAGCAGGGAGUGGGGAAAAAGCCCUGCAAGUACUUUGAGCAAGGCAAGGGGACGUGUCCCUUUGGGGGGAAGUGUCUGUACCUGCAUGCCUACCCCGACGGGACCCGCGCCGAGCCGGAGAAGCCCAGGAAGCAGCUGAGCUCCGAGGGCACCGUGAGGUUCUUCAAUUCCGUGCGCCUGUGGGACUUCAUCGAGGACAGGGAGAGCAGGAGCGCGCCCGGCGCCGACGCCGAGGUCACGGAGCUGGGGGAGCUCUUCAUGCACCUGGCUGGGGCUGAGGAGGAGCCCAGCGCUGCCAGGGAGCACCCACAGCCCCUCUGAGCCCCCAGUGCAGCUGGGUGCCAGCCAUGCUUUUAUCUCUCCAGGACAGGUAGAACAAAAUGUGCCCUGGUGGUUACUUGUGCAGUCCUGGUAAAGUUUUCAGAUAGUUUUUAUAUGGCAACAACAAAAAAAGACUAAAAUAUAUUUAAAAGAAAAAAAAAAAAUUGGCUGCAUGGAAAAAAAUCCCUUAAUCCCCAGGAGGGUUUUCUCCCUCUGUGGCCUAACAUAUGCUGUCUUGUGAGCUGAGUGGUAGUGUAAAUACAGGUCCAGUGAAAGCUUAAGCUGGUAAAAACUGUUGCUAAUUAGAAUUUGGGUGCUCUUGGGUUUUUUUCUCCACUAAAUCAGCUAAAUGUAUAACUACAGAACCCACUGGGAAUAAUGGUCAGUGUAGGGUUUUCUCCUUGAGAAGGAGCUGGUAAUUGUACCUCAGAUAGCACCUGAAGUUCAGAGUGGAGGCUGGUGGAUUCUCUGGGCAGGCCUGGCGCUCCAGGUGCUGCCAGUGGAGCUCCCAGCCCUGUUUUACACUAAUCCCAGUGCUCAGAGGCAGCAGAUGCAGCUGCACUGAUCCCUGCACUCACUGGGGCUGGGGAGCUGCAGCAGAUGGGUGAGGUGUUCUCUCAGAGCCAGGAGUGGCUCUGAGCAGCUCAGUGCCUCCAGUGCUCUUUGCCCCAGCCAGGCCCAGGAGGGCUGAGGGAUUCAUGCACAUCUCUGCUGAGUUAACAGAACUGGUACUGAAUUCUGGCUCUGUUAAAAAUGUGAUUUCUGUUGGUGUGGCAAAGGCAGUUGGGUUGUGAAAUCUGGUACCAGAAGUUAAUGCUGCCAAGUCAACUGUUUGAACUUGGAAUUUAAACCAAGAAUUCAGUGAGCACUGCAGUGGCUGCUGACUACAACAGCAUGGACACACCUGAGCAGGAGCUGUCACUGACUCAGCCCCUGGUAAAUCACUGAGCAGUGUUUGUAAACACAGACAGAUGUGGGGUUUGGUUUAGAACAGCCUGGUUGCAGUGGAAGGCAGGUGUGUAACUGCUUUGGUUAUUAUCUAAAAAAGCAUAAAAAUAAUCCUUAAAAAUGUGGAAGAAAGCAAGGCCAGGAGCAGAAAGGUUUGUAAUCAGCACCAGUGGAUCAGUGAUGGGCACAGCCUUGAUGCACCUGGGGUGGGAAAUGAUGAAGCAAAAUGUGUUCCGAGAGCCCUGGGCACACAGGGCCAGCCCGGGGUGGUGGCAGCAGGCUCUGGGGCCCUGCUGGGAGGGAGCAGCAGGAACCUUAACCUGGGAUUCCAACAGCUGGCACCAGAGCAGUGACUCCAGGAUGAUCCCUUCAGCUGCUGCUGGCAUUUCUGGCUCAGGAGCUCCUCCCCUCUGCCAGCUGUGCCCUCUGUUCUCCCCUGCAAAUUAAACUUGCCCAUCAUUUCCCCCCACAGGUCAUUUUGAGCAGUGCUCAGUGCACAGCCAGGUGUGGCCUUGCAGUGGCUGUACCAACAUCAGUUCCCAGCCUCGUGGUCAAAGUGGCCCAGCAAAGCUCUGAAGUCCAAUCAGUGCAAUUGGUCAGCACUAAUUACAAAGCAGAAGGUGAAUUAUCCCUGAGAGGGAUGUCACGCUCCAGGAUCAAUGUGUCAGGGACACCCCAACACCCUCUGUACCCCAGAAUGCUUCCCCAGCCCUCACCCUCCCACUGGAGCUCACUUCCAUCUGCUCCUGCACAUAAUUAUUUUUCCUCCAGAAGGAAAUAUUGUCAGGAAAACACUAAAAAAAAAAAAAAAAUUCAGUGGAGAGGAUGUUCUUUACCCUAAACAGGACAUUCCUGAUUUACUCUGCCCCAAGAAGCCAUGAGGGAUAGUCUGAAAUUAAAACAUAACUUGUUUUUCAAAGCUACCAGAGACUUACAAUGUCUGGGUUUCCAAGUUCUUCACUCAGCACCUUUCAUUGAACUGGACAUCAAGUGCUGCUUAAAAUGAACCUACUUAUCAGAAAUACUUCAUUUUUUCCAGAGACACAUGAUCUGGUUUAAAAAUCAUAGGUUAAUGGUUUCUUUUGGGAAAUCAGAGUUCAAGUAAAAGCAGCUUACCUCUUCUGGGCUUUUUUUCCUUCCAUGUUUUAAGCUUACAAUGAAGUGACAAUUGGAGAUAAAAAAUGUUUAGAGAGAGCUGCAGUCCAAAUACAAUAAUAUUGUUCAAAACCAUGCAGAACCCCAUGGAGACUUCAAGUCUCAAUUUCCUGUUUAGGAAGCAAAGCUCACAGGUAUUCUCAGCUAUCACCAGGGGUUUGUGUUCUGCCCUUGUCCUGUUGCAGAAUAUUCUGGGGACAGACUGGAGCUGAUUUCUGGGUCUGGCUCUCCUCCCUUUCACAGGAGCUCUGUGGGCUCUGCUGCAGCAGAGGAGAGGCUGCAGUGGCUGUUUGGGCAUUCCAGGGAGAGCUGGAAAGGCAGCAGCUGUGCCCAGAGCUUUGGGCUGGAGGUGCAGAGGGCACAGCCAGCCCUGACCCCCCCAGUACCCUCUGCACCCACAUAAAGGCAAAAUCCCAAACUGGGCUUCCAUUUGUGCCCUAAUAACCACAUUUCACCAACUGCUAUUGGAAAAAACCCAUUUUUGAAUUCACCCACCUGCUCUGUCCUCCAUGGAGUUCAGCCAGCACAAAAACCUCACUUGCACCUCAGCAAACAAGAGAAAACUGAGCCAAAGCGGCGCAGGGCAAGAGCCUGAGAGCACAUCAGGGGUGUCCAAAGCAGCUGCUGCUCAAAGAUCACUACAGCACAAAAAACUGUCUUGUCAUGUGACUGGAAAUGUAGAGGUUGUUUUAUCAAGUGUGUUUUUACUUGCACUGCUGUUAUUUAUCAGUUACUUUUUAAAAACUAUUCAGAAUGUCAUUUCUUGAGUUUUCCAAAUGCAGAUGUCCCACUCAGAACUGUGGCUGACUACAUUAAAAUGAUGACAUUGAAUCUUAAACCUAAAAUUUAAUUUAUUUUAUUAAAAUAAGAUAAUCAGAGGAACCUUGGCUUACAAUAAAUGCAUUUUCUCAGGAGCAAUAAAAACAAAAUUAAAACCCAAAUCAACAAGAAAAA